GAUAAAUACGUUUAUCUUCAAGUAAUAAUAAUUUAUCGUGAAGUAAACGAAUUGAAAAAAUAUUGACUUAGUGCCGACAAAGAUUUUAGAAACAUUAUAUGUAUUGCGUAUAACCUCUUUUGUUGUUUAAUUCAUUGAAGAUUAUUACAUUAAUUGAAAUAAGAUGAAGUUCGCAGAACAUCUAUCUGCUCAUAUUACACCUGAAUGGCGUAAACAAUAUAUUAGUUAUGAGGAAAUGAAAGCUAUGCUCUAUACUGCAGUAGAAGAAGCACCAUCAGCUGAAAGUGUUGAACCAGAAGUUAUAUCUCGACAUUUUGCUUCUUUUGAUGAAGUGUUUUUUACAUUUUGUGAUCGUGAAUUAAAGAAAAUCAAUACAUUUUAUUCUGAAAAGUUAGCAGAAGCUACACGUAAAUAUGCAGCUCUUCAAAAUGAAUUGAAAACAGCACUAGAAUUACAGCAAGGUGGAGGAAAAAAUAAGGGGAAAAUGAUUGCUAAACCUCAUUUACCAACAAGAAAGUUGAGGGAAUUGAAACUUGCAUUCUCAGAAUUUUACUUAUCUCUUAUACUUCUUCAAAAUUAUCAAAAUCUUAAUUACACUGGUUUUCGAAAAAUUCUUAAAAAACAUGACAAGUUAUUGUCUGUAGAUAGUGGAUCAAAAUGGAGGGUCGAAUGUGUAGAAACUUCACAUUUCUAUACAUCAAAAGAUAUAGACAAACUUAUACAAGAUACAGAAACUACAGUAACAAAUGACUUAGAAGGUGGAGAUAGACAACGUGCUAUGAAACGUUUACGCGUUCCACCUUUAGGAGAACAUCAAAGUCCAUGGACCACUUUUAAAGUUGGAUUAUUCUCUGGUAGUUUCAUUGUCCUAUUUGUAACAGUUGUACUUUCAGCCAUAUUUCACGAUGGCGGAGAAAACUUAAAAAUUGCAUUUAGAUUAUAUCGUGGACCUCUACUUAUUAUACAAUUUUUAUUUCUUAUUGGUGUAAAUGUUUAUGGAUGGCGAUCGUCUGGUGUGAACCAUGUAUUGAUAUUUGAAUUGGAUCCGCGAAAUCAUUUAUCUGAACAACAUCUUAUGGAAUUAGCUGCAGUUCUUGGAGUUAUAUGGACUCUUAGUUUAUUAAGCUUUUUGUACAGUGCUAGCUUAAGCAUUCCACCAUACGUAAAUCCGUUAGUUUUAGUUUGUAUCAUGUUAGCAUUUUUAUUAAAUCCGUUAAAAAUGUUCCGCCAUGAAGCACGAUUUUGGCUAUUAAAAAUAAUCGGAAGAGUUUUAAUAUCGCCAUUCGCAUAUGUAAAUUUCGCUGAUUUUUGGUUGGCAGAUCAAUUAAACAGUAUGGCCACAGCCUUAUUAGAUUUCCAUUUUUUAACAUGUUUUUAUAUUACCAAUGGAAAUUGGUUAGAGGCAGGAGAUUCCACGCAAUGUAUGUCUGGAUCCUUAAUUGUUAGACCUAUUGUUAAUUGUCUACCUGCAUGGUUUCGUUUUGCACAAUGUAUUCGACGAUAUCGGGAUUCAAAAGAAGCAUUUCCACAUUUAGCUAAUGCUGGCAAAUAUUCAACUACAUUCCUUGUUGUAAUAUGUAAUACUAUGUGUGCUUAUCGUGCUGUGGAAUAUCAAACUCGUUGGGAAAAUCCAUGGUUAUGGCUUUGGAUUAUUAGUUGCAUUGUCAAUUCAAUUUAUUCAGUAACUUGGGAUUUGAAAAUGGAUUGGGGUUUGUUAGACAGCAAUGCUGGUGAAAAUAAAUUUUUACGCGAAGAAGUUGUAUAUUCAGCAGCUGGAUUCUAUUAUUUUGCUAUAAUCGAAGAUUUUAUAUUGAGAUUUGCAUGGAUUGCGAGUUUUGUUCUCAUUGAAUGUGAAUAUGUAUCCAGUGAUUUAAUGACAUCUAUAGUAGCACCUUUAGAAGUUUUUAGACGCUUCGUUUGGAAUUUUUUUCGAUUGGAAAACGAACAUUUAAAUAAUUGUGGUAAAUUUCGUGCUGUUCGUGAUAUAUCGAUAGCACCGAUAGAAAGUUCUGAUCAGACACAAAUUUUGCGCAUGAUGGAUGAAGAAAAUGGUGUACUUAAUAGAGGUAAACGCAAAGUUGGUGGUAAAAGACAAGCUAAUACCAAAGAAGAUAAACGAACAUUACUCAAAGAAGAAACGAUUGAUAUAGAUAUAUCAAAUGCUAGUUGAAAUUAAUUCAAUUUUUUUAUCCAUUGAAAGUUUAAAAAAAUAUUGUUCUAAAUUUGUUGCAGUUUUUAUAAGAAUUUAGUUAGAACAAAUGCAAGUCAAACUUUAUGAAAGAUAUUAAUAUUCUUUUAUUUAUCAAAAUUGAAGAUCGUAAGGCUAAACUGAACAAGUGCCUUAUAUAUAAUAUGUUUAAAAUAUUUCUUUAUUCUUUAUAUUAGCAAAUUUAAUAAUUUAAUAUUAUGAUGACAUAUUACAUAUAUCUUCCGUAAAACUAUUUUGGCAUUUACUAUAUAACUUAUUGCUAAUAAAUUGAUUUAAAAAAUGAAGAUUAAUAAAAAUAUUCAAUUAAUAUAUUCAAAAAAGGCAAAUUAUUUUAUUAGUAAUAUAUAUAAUAUAUAAUAAUGUAUAUAUUAUGUAAUCUUCAAUUUUGAUUAAUAAAUAAUAAAGUUCUAUACUUAUUUAGAAAAUGUAUAAAGUGUAUGAUAGAAAUUUAUAGUUGUACAUAGUAGUGAAUUAUAUGUAGAAACAGGGUUGUCGCUUCAAUAUGUACAUGAUCAUGUUGAUGCAACAAGUAAUUUACAAAUUAGUAUUAUAAUUUUAAGUUAAUAAAAAUCGCUCAUUAUUUGAUAUUUGAUAUGAUAUGAUGAUAUCCAUAAUUAUUUUCAAAUAUAAAAUAUGUGAAUUAAUAAUCAGCAGAAAAUAUAUACUGCACAACUUAUAAAGCAAUUAUACUUGAAUUAAUUUUAUUUAAUACUUACUAGAUUGUAAUAUUUUUAAUAUUAAGUAUUAUUUUUAAUUAUCUAUCUUUGUGAUAAAAUAUUGAUUUACUUACUAAAAUGCUACAUAAUACAAGAGCUUGUAUAUAGAUAAAUGCAAAAAAAA